AUGCCGGCGCAAACUGAGAAAAGUCAGCUAAAGCGAAAUCGCUACUCCCAGGGCGAAGAAGCUGAGCCCAAAAGGACUCGCCACUCGCGCUUGUCGCCGCCUCCCCAUGGUCGUCUUAAGCAGGGACCGUUGCCUUCGCCCGUUACCCACAAGGAAUCCACCGGAGACGCUUCGGAGGGCUACAAAGAAGGCACAGAGAGCCCCCCACCUGGCAAGCCAAGCCAAGCAAAGGGUGGUCUUUCAUCGCCCCCAUCCGAUACGCAGCCCUUUUCGCAGUUCGUCUACCCACCCGAGAGCCGGACGUACGCCGUAGAAAAUGAGGAGGACGAAAAGGUUUGGGGCUAUCUAGUGCCUAUGGAAGGCCAGGCCGAGGAUGUCCUAGUCUUGCGCAAGCGAGAGGCAUGCCCCGUUCCUACCGCACUCGUUGGCAAGACGGAUGGUAAGGAGCGUGUAAGCAAGGACGAGUACAAAGGCCAGGAGGAAAACUACGAGAAUGAGAAGCAGGAGCGAGGUGUUCCCUCCGGUGGUUACCUUAUCGGUCGUCACAGAGAGUGCGAUCGAGUUCUUAACUCACCGACCGUCUCAAACCGUCACUGUGUGUUCUUCAUGGAGAAGAAGGGCGGCGAUACCGUUGCCGUGGUCGAAGACUUGUCUGGCAACGGCACAUUUGUCAAUGAUACUUUCGUCGGACGAAACAAACGGCGGGAAUUGCGCGAAGGCGACGAAAUUGCCAUUCUGGACCAAGCCCGCUACGUCUUCAGAUACCCGUUGAAGCGCAAUACCCACCGAUUCCGACAGCAAUACACCAUGCAGGAACAAUUAGGCAAAGGACACUUCGCUUCAGUGUACCUUGCCGCGGAAAAGUCGUCAGGUGUACGGUAUGCCGUGAAGAAGUUUGAGAAGCGCACUGGUCCAGGUGAAAAGUCAAAGGUCGAGGGUCUACAGCAGGAAAUUGCCGUGUUGAUGAGCGUCAGCCACCCGGCACUGCUCUGUCUCAAGGACACCUUUGAUGAAGAUGAUGGCGUCUACCUUGUUCUCGAGUUGGCGACUGAAGGAGAGCUGUUCAACUGGAUCGUCAUGAAACAGAAGUUGACUGAGGUGGAGGCGCGUAAGGUGUUUGUGCAAUUGUUCCAAGCGGUCAAGUACCUGCAUGAGCGCAAUAUUGUUCACAGAGACAUCAAGCCCGAGAACAUCCUGCUCACAGACAAGGAACUGUCUAUCAAGCUGGCCGAUUUUGGUCUUGCUAAAAUCAUUGGCGAGGAGUCAUUUACGACUACACUAUGCGGAACUCCAUCGUAUGUCGCACCUGAGAUUCUGGAAAACUCUAACCAUCGACGUUACACCAAGGGUGUCGAUGUUUGGUCAUUAGGAGUUGUACUGUACAUUUGCCUGUGUGGCUUUCCGCCAUUCUCAGACGAGCUGUACAGCGCGGAGAAUCCAUACACGCUAUCUCAGCAAAUCAAGAUGGGCCGUUUCGAUUAUCCGUCACCGUACUGGGACUCUGUCGGCGACCCUGCACUAGAUCUCAUCGACCGCAUGCUCACGGUCGAUGUUGAGCAGCGAAUAACGAUUGAUCAAUGCUUGGAGCACCCGUGGACUACGCAAGACAAGAUAAGCGUCACUGACAGCACAGAUGGUCUUACGGGCGCCAUCUCUAAGCUCGACUUCUCCAAGCGCAAGGUGCAACGAGAGCGUACCAUGCUCAGCAGCAUCAACGACAUCAAGGUUUCUCGCGUCAUCAAGGGUACCGAAGGCCAAGAUCCAGUCAAGGUCUACGAGAAGAAUGGAGUUGAGAAGGGCACAAAGAUGAACGGCAGGACUCAUGGCGUGGCCGAGGUGAGGCCUGCCGAUGAGCGACACCCCGAGGAGUUUGUUGAGAUGGGUGGUAAGGGCGACCAGACGCUGUAUUCUGAAGAGGAGGAUGGUUCCCGCUAUGCGACUGACCAAAGUCUUGCAUCUGCACAGAGUAAAGGGCAAGUUGGCUAA